AUGGCAGCCAUUUCUGGAUCCAUUGAAUUAUACAGGGUCUCCGAUUCCACGGGCAACAAUGGCUUCUCCAACCAAAUCGGGAUGGAUCUCAUCAAGAAAACGCUAGCAGACGCAACUGACUUCACCUGGAAGGCACUGCAGCUGAACACCCCUGCAGAAAGAAAAACCAUACCAACAAUCAGCUUGUUCAUAGAAAACUCAGACGGCGUGGCAUACGCCGACAAUGACGAAAUCCACUUCAACGCGGGCUAUUUGGAGAGGUACUCCAGCGACGACGACGAAGCCAGAAGGGAAUUCGUCGGCGUGAUCUACCACGAGAUGGUGCACGUUUGGCAGUGGAACGGCGGCGGAAGGACGCCGGAAGGUUUGAUCGAAGGAGUGGCUGAUUACGUGAGGCUGAAGGCAGGGUAUGGGCCAAGUCACUGGGUAAAGGCAGGGGAAGGGCAGAGGUGGGAUGAAGGGUAUGCCGUCACGGCUCGAUUCCUGGAUUACUGCGACGAUCUGAGAGAAGGGUUUGUUGCGGAGCUGAACAAGAAAAUGAGGAGCCAUUAUGAUGAAGGAUUCUUCUUUGAUCUUCUGGGGAAGACGGUUGAUCAGCUUUGGAGUGAUUACAAGGCCAAGUAUCAAGUAUGA